CUAAUAUAAUACCCAAGGUGUCAUGUGGCGUUCAUCGAGCAAAAGAGGAAAGGAAGGGAGCAGCUAAUAGAAUAACAGGCGGCAGGAAGGGCUAAAAAUGUCAUCCAGGAAGAGGCGGCGUGACGCGGGAGUCGCCUGUCGAUGCCUCCCCUUCCUGAUGGGCUCCGGAACAGCGUCAGGCCGCCGCUAACUUUUGCCUCCACUGACGCACGUACGCACGCCUAUAUCAAGGGAUGCACGGUCCUGGGACUUCACACAGGCCCAAGGCAGCACCAGGGACGCCGCACCGCACCUAAAACUACAGGAUGAGCGAGAAAUGCCUUCACCGCCUUCUGGAGCCACAACGCAGGAAGUCCUUAGGCUCCUCCACGUCCAUGAGGCUGCGGCGCCUGUCCCAGCCGACGCCGCCCCGCCAGAGGAAGCCUUCGGACACCCUGCUGAGGAGGAGGAGGAGCAGCCUGGGCCAGCAGGAGGAGCGGCUGGAGCGGGCAGCAGGCAGCAGCAGCACACACAGCAGGAGGCGCCGCUCGGCCACGCACCGCCGCUGCACCCUGGCCACCCUCGCCUUCUGCCAGCUGCCCAGCGACGCCUCUUCGCCUGCCUCCUCUCCUACAUCCCCCUCUACUCCUUCAGACUUCCCGACAUCCUUCCUUAGGCCCUCGAGCAACGGGGAGGGCAGGCGGAGCAACGGCAGCAGGGGCAGCCCGUGGCACAACCUACGGAGGGCGUGGUCCCUGAUUUCGGUGUCCUGCUGGAGGGAGACCCUGGCCCAGGAGGAGAGGAAGAAGGAAGCCAAGAUGCGGGAGAGGAAGAGGAAGGUUCCUAAGGGUAUCCUGAGGCCGCCGACGCGGUACUGCUACCACAGGGGCGUGUCGGGGCUGCCGGUGUCCUGUAACAUCGUCACACGCACCAAGUAGAGCGGCGAGGGAGACAGCUUGGUGUCGACAACAUGAAGACCGUAACUCCCGAAGGAGACCACCAGAACACAAGAGGACAACGCCCCUCAAGGAAUAGAACUCCAAGAAGACAGAAAUCCAACCUCACAUUCCUGGAAGCCUUUACGAAUGCUACGCCGCCACAAGGCAAGGUCCGCGACGCCCCUGCAGCGGGAAGAUUGACUUAUUGACGUGGAAGGGUGACUCAGCGUGUACAUGGCAGAGGACAGGACAUGCAGGUCGGUAUUCUCAAACGCUUCCGCCCCUCACAUCAACUACUUCCAAAGGCCGACAAGAAGAUCAGUUAGGUUCUACAUAAUGGGUGUGUUUUUAAGUUCAUGGUACAGAGGAAGGGUCAAACUACAAGAAGGGUAUCUGGACACCUCUCCUUCCGAAACUGACCUCUCUUUCGGCCACCUCUUUGGAUUCUUUUUAGGAGCAGCAAGUAGCGGGCUUUUUUAUUAAUGUUUCCUUUUGUUGUGCCCUUGAGCUGUCUCCUUUGUUGUAAAAAAAAAUAACACUACCCGUGGAAAUGUUCACAACUCAUACGAGAGCCUUGUCAAACAUGUGUAAGAAAACGACCUACAGAGUCUUGCUGAGGGACCUGUGUGAGUGAGCGGUUGAGUGUGGCCUUGGUGAGGACAGAUGCCCUGCAUGCUGUACGUAAGGAGGCCAGAGAUCCCGUGUCUAGAUUCCUUGGGUGGUGGGUCGGGGAGUGUGACCCUUCCCGCCCCUGCCCCCUCAUGUGACCCAGAGCCAAGACGCACGAGAACCUGAACGCUUGUAUGGCUAGAUGAUGAAUAAAAUGUUAAGAAGGCCUCACUGAUUGCUUGCUUUGAUUAUAUCUAUGGGUUAAAAAAAAGAUACAACAAUACAAUAACCUGAACCCUUGUAUGAGUAGAUGACGAAUAAACAGUUAAAAAUAUUUGACUAUAUAAUUGACUGACUCUUUCUAUGGUUACAAAAUGAUACAACAAAGAAUGGACACUACGCUAUGUUUG